AUGGAGGAGGCUAGAGCAAAAAGGGGAGCUGAUCUAGUCAAGACUGUGGGUGACACUCUGCUGUCAACCCCGCGUAUACGAGUGCAGCUACCAGAGGAAAAGGCGGAAUAUUUCGAACGUGUCCAGAGAAGUGAUGCCUUUCCUAUGGAUCCGGAGGGGCGCCAUGAAAAAGAAUCCGAGAAGUUAACCUUGAAGCUCCACUCACCCCAAAAUUCUGUCUAUAACGUGGUCAUUCACACCGAAGAACAUACAGACGCUGGAGUUGGCAACAGAUAUGUCUUCAAAUUGUAUGGGGGAGAUCGGGAAGUACAAGACGCUUUCAACGAGUAUGAACGAUACAUCUGGCUUCGCAAACAAAAAUUCCAAGGUUGCGUCAAAAUAUUCGGCUUAUUUCAUUGUGUAAUAGCGGGGUCGGACAUUCAUGGACUCCUGAUGUCAAAUGAAGGGAGGUUGCUUGCAGCCGGAAAGCUCUCUAACAAGAGACGGAAAUCAAUUGGUCCGAAAUAUCAAGCAACUGUUAAAGAGUUAUCACGUCGGACUAAUAUCACCCAUGGAGGGUUGUUCUUGGAACAUUUUAUCUUUAAUUCCAAAUCCGAAAUUCUCUCUCUUGUCAGCUGGGGAUUCGCUAGGGCGCCCUCCGGUGAUGCCGAGGAGAACGUUGAAGAGAUGGACCUCAAAGAGGACGUGGACCAGGCGGUAGAACUGGGGGAAAAAGAAGCGAGAGGAGAGACGAAGCUGGGAGGCGGAAAACAGGGUUUCGGUCGACGCCCUCGCGCAGAAAUUUAUCGUCUCAAAGAAGUAGAUACGUAG